AUGCGGGUCCUUGCCUUGCUUCCGCUCAUCCUCCCAGCCCUGCUGCUCCCUGCCGGUACUAUCGACCCAGGCCAGCCCUGCCCAUCAGAGAUCAACAAAGUCAAGGAUCUCCUGGAGGUGAACUGCACGGGGCAGGGUCUCAGUGCGGUGCCCCCAGACCUGCCCGCGGACACGGGCAUUCUGCUGCUCAGCACCAACCACCUGACAUCCCUCUCCACUGUCACCUUCCUGGCCCUCACCCAGCUGCAAGACCUCGACCUGUCUGAUAACACGCUGGUGUCUCUGCACACCGGGUCCCCGCUGCUGUCCCUGAAGGAGCUGAUACUCUCCCGAAAUGCGCUGGGGGCCCUUCCUGCCCUGCAGGGCCUGCCUAGGCUCACCCGCCUGGCCAUAGCCCACAACAGCCUGGAGACACUGGCCCCGGGGGCUUUCCGUGAUGUGCCGGGGCUGCAGGACCUGGACCUGCGAGGGAACCUGCUGCGGACUCUGCCCCAGGAGGCUUUUGCGGGACUGAGGACACUCAAGGACUUGGACCUCUCAGACAACCUCCUGACGGAACUCCCUAAGGAGCUGCUGCAGGAUCUGCAAAUGCUGGAGACCCUCUGGCUCUCGGGGAACCAGCUGCAGACCCUGCCAACUGGUUUCUUCCCUGAGGGACACCUUUUCAUGUAUGUCUUCCUCACUGAGAACCCCUGGCACUGUGACUGCAACCUGUACUACCUGCGGACCUGGAUCAAGCGGAAUGAUGGCAGUGUCUAUCAGCCAGAGCGGGGCCUGGAGAAGACAAAAGUGGAGGUGGCCCCUGAGAAGGUGGUGUGCCACAGCCCCCCUGAGCAUUUGCAGAAGCCCAUUAUCCACUUCAAGCCCAACUGCGGCAAUGUGGGGGACAUGGAUAAGGAGGAAGAUGAUGAAUAUUAUGAUGGGGAGGAAAUGGAGAAAACUGCCAUGACCACAUUCUUCCACACACAUCCAUCCAUCCCCACGGAGCACACUACCACGUCCCAUGCUGUUACCUGGCCUCCCCUUGCUACCACAAGACCUCCCCUCAGCAUCCCUUCCACCCUCACCCCAGGCACUUCGUUUGCAAUGCCUGCAAGCCCCAGAGCUUCCAAAACCACCACUCCUGCAUCAGCCAGUCCCACCGUCACACCCACCCAGACCCCCAGCACUGCUGUCAUUCUCACUGCUGUUCCUGCCAGCACCCUGCACAGAUCCACCACCCUCGUCUCCACCGCCUCACUGUCAACCACUGUGGGUGCCAGACCUCCCAGCACCAGCAGCUCUCCCCUUGCCAACAGCACUACCAACACCUAUGCCACUCUCAUGGUCUCCACUGGUGCUUUUUUCACCACCUCCUCAGCAGUGCCUUUUACUGCCACGCGACAGGCCUCUUCUAUUGUCAGACCUUCAUCUCCUCCUCUGACACCGACCCCACUGAUGGUCUCCACCACCACGCUUCCCACUCAUGCCCCAACGCCACCAUCUCCCCUGGACACCACACGCUUCGCCCAGCCUGCUCCUCGCCCCCUCUGCCCAUGCUCCACCCCAGGACUGCCCAUACCAGUGCUGCGCUCCUGGGCAGGUGGGGAGGGUCCGCAGUGGGUGCUGAGGCAUUGCUGCCUACUGCACUGGGUGCUCUACCUGGCCUCCAUGGCUCUGCUGCUCCUGACCGUGCUGGCUCUAGCAGGCUGGCUGGCGUGGAUCUGUCUGGUGGGAUGGCCCUCCUGGCGCAAGUCCCUGCAGAAGCAAGAGGUCUAUCCGCUGCUGAGGUGUAGGCAGUCACCAGGAAGCCCUGGGAUGCAUCUCAGCAGCUUCAGAAACCCCCUCCAGCGCUCCACAUUCUGUACCAUCAAGGAAGUAGAGUUGUGCCCUGAGGUUACCUACUGCACAAUUAAAGACCUGGGGAUACAACACAGUCCUCCUGCAAGUUCCUCCUUCUGCACCACAAAGGAGCUGUGGGUCCACCACAAUCCUUCCUUCAAGUCUUCCCCCAGGAAGCUGAUGGUCACAAACCUCAGCUCCCUGAGGACGCCUUCUGCUUACAGCCUGGACAGGGGUACCAAGGCCAUUGGCAAUGUCAGAGUGAAAUAUGCUGGCAACACCUUGUAA